AUGGAUGGUAGUAAUACUAAUGCUAGCAAUAGAAAAGUUGAAGCGAAGCGAGAGGGAGAGAGCAGCACAAAGAAGCUGAAGGUCACCAUGGGGGUGGAGACCCUUGACUGCCCCAUCUGCUAUGAGCCCCUCAGGCCUCCGAUAUUCCAGCUGGACAAGAAAUGUCCGGUGUGCUCUAUCAAAACUUCCUUCAAGCGCUGCUUUGGGAUGGAACAUGUCGUCCAAGAAGCCAAAGUUGCUUGCUCCAAUGACAAGUAUGGAUGUGCGGAGGUGGUCACCUACUACAAGAAAGAAGAACACAAGAAGGCGUGCCGGUAUGUCCCAUGCUUCUGCCCACAGUCUGGUUGUGGCUUCGCUGGAUCAACAAAGGUGCUCCUGGACCAUUUCAUUACCCAACACAAGUGUUCGUCAACAACUCUCCCAGACUCCCGCACGGUGUCUCUUCGCCUACAACCAGGCUUACAUGUUCUGCGAUGCACCGGCUACUUUUUCUUGCUCAGCAUGGCAUCAGAGCCUUUUGGACAUGCCAUCUCAGUCCUCUGCGUCCAACCUCCAAUAGUUAUGGAACCCAAGUUCAAAUGUAAUAUGGAAUACGACUGCUUAACCACCAGCUCUUGUGAAAGUACAAAUUGCCUCAUAAGAAGCUCUUCUCUCUCUGAUGGACUGCCCGCAGUGUACGAUUUAAUAAUUCCCAAGGGAAAGAUUUCUGAUGAUGGAAACGGUAUCAUGCUCAGAGCCACCAUUCUCAGCAGAUCCUGUCUUCAAGGGAAGGGCCUCAUGACUGCUGAUCUUCAAGGAACACCUUGUACUAAAAAUUCUAUUGCUGCUGCUGUUGCCACCUCUACUGCUGCUGCUGUUACCACCACUAUUGCUGCUUCUGUUGCCCCCGCUAUUGCUGCUGCUGCUGUUGCCACCUCUCCUGCUGCUUCUGUUGCCCCAGCUACUGCUGCUCCUGUUGCCCCUGCUAACGUUGCUGCUGCUGAUACGAUAUACAUGUCGAGUCUCAAGAUAUCAGACUUUCUGGAAAAUGCUGGGUUAGUGCUGCUGGAUGGUAUUUUGCUAGUUCAUUUCUGA